GCACCUGGUCGCUCCCACACGCACGCAACACUGGACGGCGACGACGACGUGAAGACGCGUAGGACGAUCGCCGCGGUUGUCCGUAAAAUUUAGCAGUCAGCAGUUGGGUACUCGAUGGGAACAGAUCGACGGACGCUAAUCGUGUGGGUUCAACCUCCGGUGUAGGCCGCCGCAGAUCAUAAUAUUAUUAUUAUUGUCGUUUUCGGCUGCAGCUGCACACAGCGAUAAGCCGCGUCAGUAAUAUUAUAAAAAUAUCGAAGUAGUAUACGUAUAGUACCUGUCUCUAUCAUACGUUGUAUUGGACUCGCGAGCAGUCGAAAUGUUUAGCGGUAAAUGCACGAGUGCGGCCAGAUUGGACGGCAAGACCGCAAUCGUCACCGGUUCGAACACGGGCAUCGGCAAAGUCACGGCCAAAGAAUUCUACAGAAUCGGUGCUAAGGUUAUUGUGGCGUGCCGGGACGUUAAAAAAGCGGAACAAGCUGUGACGGAAAUAGUGGCGGACGUAAAAGGCGAUAAUCUAGGACAACUGGUCGUAGAGGAAUUGGAUUUGGCGUCUUUUGCUUCAAUUAAACGCUGUGCAAAAAGCAUUUUGCAAAAAGAAAAACAUAUUCAUCUGUUAGUGAACAAUGCCGGGGUAAUGGCGUGCCCAAAGGGUAAAACCCAAGACGGUUUUGAAACCCAAUUUGGAGUGAAUCACUUGGGACACUUUCUAUUCACAUCGCUACUACUGCCAAGAAUCCGAAAUUCAACGCCAGCUCGCAUCGUUAACGUUUCAUCGAUGGCUCACACAAGAGGUGUGAUUAAUUUUGAUGACAUAAACUCCGAUACAAAUUACUCGGCCAUGGUAGCUUACGGUCAAAGUAAACUUGCCAAUGUGCUGUUUUCUAAGGAACUGGCACAAAGGCUUGAAGGUUCCGGAGUACACGUGUACAGUCUACAUCCUGGCCUCGUACUCACUGAAUUAGGAAGAACGAUCGACCAAGUGUACUUUCCGGGAAUGCGAUACCUGGCUCGUUUCUUUCUCUAUCCGUGGAUGAAGACUCCGGAACAAGGAGCUCAGACUACUUUGCAUUGUUCGAUAGAUGAAAAAGCUGGAGAAGAAAACGGUCUCUAUUACAGUGAUUGUAAGGUAAAAGAACCGUCGGCGUUAGCCAAAAACCCAGAAUUGGCCAAAAAACUUUGGGAAAAAAGUAUAGAGAUGGUAGGUCUGAAGGAUUACGACAUGUUCAAUUGCGAUGACACGCUGCCCGAACCCCUAAAAGACGUCUGAACAAAUAUUUCUAAUUUUUAUUAAUCUAUAUUAUAUUUAAUUUUACAUCAUUUUUAUUUUAUUUAUACUUCGAAGUUUAUAUACGUCAUAUAUUAUGAGCAUGUAUUUGCAUUUUUAUAAUAAAUUAAUUUUUCAACUCCAAAA